AUGUCUAUCAGUCGGCAGUAAAUGGAGAAUCCAAGCAAUGUGACUGAAUUCAUUCUUUUGGGCAUUACAAGCAAUCCAGAGUUGCGGAAAUUUUUUGCUGCUAUGUUCCUUAUCAUAUAUGUGUCCACAGUUGUGGGCAAUGUGCUCAUCGUGGUCACCAUGCUCACCAGCCAGAGUCUGAGGUCACCUAUGUAUUUCUUCCUUACUGCCUUGUCCCUCAUGGAUGCCACCUACUCUUCUGUCAUCACCCCCAAGAUGAUCGUGGACUCCCUUUCUGAGAGAACUACCAUCUCCUUCAAAGGUUGCAUGACUCAACUUUUUUCGGAACAUUUAUUUGGUGGUGUGGGGAUCAUGCUUCUCAUUGUCAUGGCCUAUGACCGCUAUGUGGCCAUCUGCAAGCCCCUGCACUACAUGACCAUUAUGAGACCUCGGGUGUGUUGCCUGCUCCUGGGGGGGGCCUGGGUGGGAGGAGCCAUGCAUGCCACCAUACAGCUCCUCUUCAUGUACCAAAUGCCCUUCUGUGGUCCCAAUGUCAUAGAUCACUUUGUAUGUGAUUUGAUUCCAUUGUUGGCUCUGGCCUGCCUAGACACUCACUUACUGGGUCUUUUAGUUGUCUUCAACAGUGGGGUGAUGUGCAUGGCUAUCUUCCUCAUCCUCAUUACUUCCUACACAGUCAUCCUCUGCUCUCUGAAGUCUUAUAACCCUGAGGCGAGGCGCAAAGCUCUCUCCACCUGUGGUUCCCAUCUCACAGUGGUGGUCUUGUUCUUUGUGCCCUGCAUAUUCUUAUAUGUGAGACCUGUAGUCCUUUAUCCAGUAGACAAAGCCAUAGCUUUAUCCUUCACCAUUGUCACACCCAUGUUAAAUCCUUUGAUCUAUACUUUGAGGAACACAGAGGUGAAAAAUGCCAUGAGGAAACUGUGGCAGAAACAAGGGACCCUGGGAAAUCACUAG